UUGCCCCGAGGAAAGGCCGCCAAUUGGUCUCGAAACGUCUGCGUCGGAAGACGUUCGGUUUGGCUGAGUCGCGGGUUUUUUUUUCUAAUUCAACUGAAAUUCAAGUGCCAUCCCAAGAUGGCAAGCCUAAACUCCAAAUCUAGGAAAUAAUUUUUUUCCCCGGGCAAACUCGUAGAAAACAACGGCUUACACCGGAAUAACAGAAGUUUUCAACUAUCCUUCGUCCUAUCCUAAAAGAAAGCAGCGAAAACUGGAAAUAAAAUUCUAUCCAGGGUUUUCUUGAGCCAAAGGAUAACUUCAAGUGACUUUUGGUCGUAAAAAUAGGAUAAACUGGAAGUCGCUUCUUCUCGGGAAUAUCGAACCAAGUUUUGAAGGUUGAAAACCCAAUUUUGGAAGGUGCAAUUUCCGUACCACGCCGCCGGAACAUCGGGAUUUUCUCCUGGUGAAACCGAAGGGAUAUAUUCAAAGUUCAGUUGGAGCUUAACGGCGGAUAGGAAAAACCAAACGGAACGAUGAAUGUUCAACCGACCAAAUACACCGGCCUGGUGGCCGACCUGCUGCCCAACAUCCGGUUGAUGCAGGGAUUCGGUCACUUCCUGUUCCGCUAUGUCACUGGGCCAAUCUUCAUCCGCAAGGUGUACUCCUGGUGGAAUCUGCUGAUGAUCCUGCUGCAGUUCUUCGCCAUCAUGGGUAAUCUGGCAGCCAAUACGGACGAUGUGAAUGAGUUGACGGCGAAUACGAUCACGACCCUGUUCUUUACCCAUUCGGUGACGAAGUUCAUCUACUUUGCUAUCAAUAGCGAAAGCUUCUACCGGACGCUGGGAAUCUGGAAUCAACCGAAUGCCCAUCCGCUGUUUGCUGAGUCCGAUGCUCGGUACCAUUCGAUUGCUCUGGCCAAAAUGAGAAAGCUACUGGUUAUGGUUAUGGUGACCACGCUACUGUCAGUAGUCGCUUGGGUAACCAUAACGUUCUUCGGGGAGAGUGUUAAAAAUGUCCUGGACAAGGAAACCAAUGAAACCUUCACGGAACCAAUUCCUCGGCUUCCGAUCAAGGCCUGGUAUCCCUGGAAUGCUAUGAGCGGUCCGGCCUAUGUUUUCUCAUUCAUCUAUCAGGUUUAUUUCCUGCUAUUCUCGAUGUGCCAGGCCAACCUGGCCGAUGUCCUGUUCUGCUCCUGGUUGCUUUUUGCCUGCGAGCAGCUGCAGCAUCUGAAGGGAAUCAUGCGGCCGUUGAUGGAACUUUCCGCCUCGCUUGACACCUACCGGCCAAACUCGGCAGCACUUUUCCGCGCCAUUUCCGCCGGCUCCAAGUCGGAACUGAUCAUCAAUGAAGAGAAAGAUCCGGAUACCAAGGAUUUCGAUCUCAGUGGAAUCUACAGUUCCAAAGCCGAUUGGGGAGCCCAGUUUAGAGCUCCUUCGACGUUGCAGACAUUCGGCGAAAAUGGCAUUAACGGAAAUCCCAACGGUCUGACUCGCAAACAGGAGAUGAUGGUUCGCAGCGCCAUCAAAUAUUGGGUCGAACGGCACAAGCACGUGGUUCGAUUGGUAACGGCUAUCGGGGACACCUAUGGAGCGGCCCUUCUGCUGCAUAUGUUAACGUCAACCAUCAAACUAACCCUAUUGGCUUAUCAGGCUACAAAGAUUGACGGACUCAACGUUUACGGACUCUCUGUGAUCGGUUAUUUGGUCUACGCUCUGGCCCAGGUGUUCCUAUUCUGCAUCUUCGGAAACCGACUGAUUGAAGAGAGCUCAUCGGUGAUGGAAGCGGCCUAUUCCUGCCACUGGUAUGACGGUUCCGAGGAAGCAAAAACCUUCGUCCAGAUUGUGUGCCAACAGUGCCAGAAGGCGAUGACCAUUUCCGGGGCAAAGUUUUUCACCGUCUCACUGGAUCUUUUUGCCUCAGUUUUGGGAGCCGUCGUUACCUACUUCAUGGUGUUGGUGCAGCUCAAGUAAACGACUCGACGCGUUUGGGGAGUGAAGAAAGUUUUUGCAUUAUUUUGAUAACAAUUUGAACAUACGGCAAUACAUGACACAGCACUGAUUUUGUAGCAACCAAUCAUAUAUUUAGACAGUAGACGCUCAAUUAUUGUAUCAGAUUCUUGUUGACAUUUUUAUUGAUACCAAAUAAAACUGAGAUGAAAGAGAA